UAGCGGAGGGUUUCAUUAGCCUAGGUGGUCUCGGCCAGGCAGGUCACCACCUGGUGGGUGGAAAGCAGCGCUGCCCACUUGGGGGUCCCAGGCGGGCGGGGAGAGGGCGGAGCCGCCCCACCACGCCUUCUGGCGGCUGAAUCCUGGCCCGAGCGGUGGCCGCGCCGGGAGCCUGCGCACUGUGGCGACAACGACAGUAGAGGCUUAGGGAUCAAUUGCUGGAAGAUGGAGAAACCCGCCAUCACUAGAGGCAGAUCAUCCUGGAUGGAGAUUCGGAAACGCAUGGUGCUAGAUGGAUCUGUGCUUAAAAAUGAUCUAAAACAAAAAUUAGCCAAGGAGCGCAGAGAAGAAAACAGAAGACUACAGGAUGUUACUAAAGAAAUACAUAUACUUGAAAAAGAAAGAAAGUCCAGGAUCCAGUAUGAAAAACACAUGGAAGAAAAACAACGAAAGCUGCGUGAACAAAAACAGAAAGAUGAACAGCGAAGACUAUCCGUUGAAGAAAAGAGAAAACAAAAAUUACAGGAAGACAGGGAGAAAUUCAAAGCUGUUGUCUCUCGUACAUUGGAGCGGACCAAUCGUAUUGAAUGUCAAAAAAGAUGGUCAUGGGAAGCCUCUAUGACAGUGAACUCUGGAAGUAAAACGGUCAAGAAACUGUCUGUAUCUACUGAAAAACUAGAACAGGAUACUUCUGGAUCACACAAACAAAUGACACUGUCAUCUCCUGGUGUUCAGAGUUCUGUUGCCAAGAUUCAGCAACUGUACACCAAUCUUUGGGAGAAUGAUUUAAUCAUGCGCCUGAUGGCCCCAACCAAAGCAUCACUAGCCAGGAGCAAAAGUGUUGCUUCAUUAUCAAUCCCUGGAAAAGAUACUCUAGACAUCCACAGCCCUGUAGUACGGUCUACAAACAUGCCCUUGCUUAGCCAUAGCAAUGAUGAAUUGAAGAAUACCAUGGUACUUUGCAAGUCAACAGUGGCAGUACCCUUCCAGGAGAAAGUAGAAACAUUCCUCAGGGUGAACCUGGAAACACCCCCCGAGGUGAGUGUGGAAGCAGCCCCCAAGAGGAGUAUGGAAGCAGCCCCGGAGGUGAGUGUGGAAGUGGCUCCUGAGGUGAGUGUGGAAGUGGCUCCUGAGGUGAGUGUGGAAGCACCAUUCAGGGUGAGCAUGGAAGCAGCCCCUGCCGUGAGCAUGGGAGCAUUCCCCAGGAUGAAUGAGAAACCACUUUUUGAGAGCUUGGAAACAUCACCUGAGGGAAGCGAGGACAUGUCCCUCAUGAGCGUGGAUCCAUCUCCUGAGGUGAGCAUGGACUCGUCCUCUGAGGUGAGCUUGGACUCAUCCCCAGAGGUGAGCUUAGAAAAAUCUGAGGCACGCAUGGAAAUGUUCCACAAGGUGAACAUGGAAAUGAUUCCUGAAGAAAGCUUGGAAACCGUCCUCGAAGAGAGCAUGGACGUGCCCCCUAAAGCCAAUGUGGAAGCAUCCCCCGAGUCCAAGUCAUGCCCUGAGAUGAACGUGAGAGACACUCCACAGAAAUCAAACCUUGUAAACAAGAAGCGCACAUCGACACAUACGCCAUUGUCUAAAUGGCCAUCUUCUGCAAGCGUAUGGGGUUCACCCUCUCCCAUAAGUGUUAAGCAAAUCCAAAAGAAUUGCCCACCAUCGGUUUCACCGGUUGUGUCAAAACAAUCAGAACAAUCUUCUGUUCCCUGUAAAAUAAUUCCUGUUAAGCAUACCCAACAUACAAAAAAGGUAUCAGGUACGAUCAGAAGGAAAAAAAAACGGGCUUCUAAAAAAACCACUAAAAGCUCUGAGGCCAUGAACCAAAAGCAUAUGACCUCUGGCGAGUCUGGUAAUAAAAGCACACAAGGGAUUAUGAAUGCUGAGGAGAAAACAAAAAUUUUGUCAACGAAACAACGCCCUGCUCGUGAACACAAAGAAAAAGAAGAAAAACUACAAAAACAAAUGGAGCAAAGGAAAGAGAAAGAUGUGAAAAAGAAAGCAUUUGACGGCCAAGAAAGAUUCUCCAAAUUUGACCAUGGUCAGCAACAAAAGGCAAUAAAAAAGAAAAACGGACGUCAGCAUCGAGAAAGCCAGCAAGUUUUAUUACAGAAAGGAGACGCUGAAAUAAAAGCUAAGGAGGAGGCCGACAAAUUCAAGAAGGAGCAGGAAAAAAUUAUGUUGCCGAAUUUACAAGAAAGAUUAGAAAGAAAAAAGAGAAUUGAGGAAAUUAUGAAGCGGACAAGAAAGACAGAUUCGGACACCUCAAAGGAUGCACAAACAUCCAGCAGUGACACAUACGAGGAGCAUGAGGCAGAUGAUGAGGAUGAGGCAGAUGAUGAGGAUGAGCCAGAAAGUGAUGAUUUACAUUCUUCUAAUGUCUUGCAUCCAUCAGCCUUUACAAAUGGCAUGAAUUCAUCCAUAAAACUCAAGAAAAGUUCUAGAAAUGUGAAGAGAACCCCCAGGCUGCUGCCUUUAGAAGUCAGUUCUGACGAAGUCUGUACAAAUACAAGAGCAUCUUUAAAAAAUGACAUAAAAAACGUCAGACAAAAAGUGAAAGACCCUUUGGCUCAGGCCAAGGGUAUCAGGCUGUCCAUCAAAAGAAUGACCAGCCAAGUAACAGAAACUGAAAAGAUAGUUGAAACCAGCAAUACCAUGGUACCAUCCGAAAGUUUACAUUCAGUGUCACAGGAAUGUCUCUGUGACCAGAUACUAGAUAGCACUCGCAAGAUAGAUCCACUCAUUUCUAGUAACCUUCUUAAUAGCCAAAAACACCAUCUGAAAGGUUCCACAACAUUCCACCAAAGUCUCCAAGCAAAAAUAGAAAAAUCUGAUUCUGCUUGAUUAGACAUGUAAACCUCAUGCAGCCUAGAAGAGAAUUAAUCCUUCACCCUGGGUUUCAACUUCUAGGCUCAUCUCCCCAAAUUACUCCACCUCCAACUUGAACCAAGCAAAGAAAAAAACUAAACGGGAAAACAACAAAAAGUCAUUUUAACAAGUCUAAGAAGAUCCUCGCUCACUUAUGUCAUCUUGAAAUCCACAAGAAAGCGUUCUUAGUAAAAAGUUGUUGUUUUCCUGUAAAAAUCUCCAUCGUAUCUCAUUGUAUUUUCCAGCCAACACGUGUUUGAGUGUGCAUUGAAGCUGUGUUCAUAAACUAGUAACUCUUAUAUUUCUAAAAGAAUCUCUACUGAAAGAAUAAUAUUCUCUCAGUACAUGUUUGAAAUCUUAAAUUAAUAUUUGUUCUGUUUAACAAAAAAUCCUGUUUGAUCUUGUAGAGAACAUAAUAGGUUAUGUGAAGGACUCAAGAUUGCUCACAAGAGCUAUGUUGGAUUAUUUCUAAUAUACCAAUACCAAAGGUUGCAAAAUAGAGUAAAGCAUAUGUUAACAUUAUAUAUGUCUAUUUUUAACCUUGCCAGCUAAGUACACAAGCAGUGAUGCCCCCAAAUGCUAGGAGUCCUAGAAGGUCUGAUCUUGGAACAAUUAGGAUAUUUUGUUCUCUUAUCAGUAUUUCCUUUUGGAGUACGUACUAGGGUUUAUCUGCAAAAACAUGUAUUAUUUUUAUUGUGUACAUAAAGCAGUAUUUGGCUGUU